AAAACCAUCCUACCAAAUCUGUUAUGGAUCAGUUAAGCAAUACCAAUCCCACUAAUUUACUUCCUAGCAAACCCAUUAAAACCAAUUCUUCUUGUCACCAAUUCUUGGACUCAUUUCUAUUCUCACAAGUAUAAAUUAAAAUCCAUUUGCAAUUCAUUCUCUUCAUCAAGCACCAAAUUAAAUUCUCUUUAAACUCCAACCUAAAGAGCUUCUCGUUGUUGUGUAAAAAUGUCCAAAGCAGGACUCGAAGCUGGUGUAGCCUCGAAGGCUACAACAGGUGCUAAUCGAGGAAUUUCCAUCCUCGAUUUUAUUUUUAGGAUCGUUGCUGGCGCUGCUACCUUAGGUAGCGCAAUUGCCAUGGGAACUACUAAUGAAACACUUCCUUUUUUCACUCAAUUUAUUCGAUUUAGAGCUGAAUACGAUGACCUUCCAACUUUUACGUUCUUUGUGGUGGCAAACGCAAUAAUAACCGGCUACUUGGUGCUUUCUCUAGCAAUCUCUAUUUUUCACAUUGUUCGAAGUGCAGCAAAGGGCACCAGGAUUUUGUUAGUUAUUCUUGACACGGCUAUAUUGGGACUAUUAACGGCAGCAGCAUCACUGAAAGUCAAUACAUGUUUCAAGUAUGAAUUCCUUAAAGAAUAUCAUGUAUAA